AUGGAUAGGAGUUGGAUGCAACUUCAUAAUAGAAGGUUACAUCAAUACAUUGAUGGGGUAAAAGAAUUUAUCAUAUUUGCUCGUGAUCAUAUGAAAUCAAGGACGAGUAAGAUUUGGUGUUCGUGUAAUAGAUGCAACAACCGUAUCCAAAAAACCAUAGAUGAAGUUGAAAUUCAUUUGUUUGCAUAUGGGGUUGUCACAACUUACACUAGGUGGGUGUAUCAUGGGGAAGAUUUUGAGUUGAAUGAUAGUGAUCCCUCGGAAAAUGAAAAUGACGAAUAUUUCAAUGAUGUGACAGAGAAAUCAAAUUCUCCCAAUACUGAGGUGCGAGAAAUUGUCCAUGACAUACAUAGUGGGCCAUCCACAUAUGCUUAUACUGGGGAAGCAUCUAGUAGUCGUAAUCCUGACUUGUCUGGUGCUCAUGGUAGUAAAGGAAAUACAUUUGCAAGAUUAAUGAGGGAUGCAGAACAAGAAUUGUAUCCGAAUUGCCAGCGAUAUUCCAAAUUAUCAUUCAUUGUUAAGCUGCUACAUAUAAAGGUGCUCAAUAAAUGGAGCAACAAAUCACUCACGAUGAUGCUAGAACUGUUGAAGGAUGCACUUCCCAUCGGUGAAACACUUCCAUGCUCAUACAAUGAAGUUAAACAAAUACUUCGAGAUUUGGGCCUUGAUUAUCAAAAAAUACAUGUAUGCAAGAACGAUUGUGUACUUUUUUGGAAGGAGUAUGAAAAUGAAGAUAAAUGCCCUACUUGCAUGGAGCCUAAAUACAAAUUUCAUAAAGGUGAAGGUAAAGGUAAAAAGAUCCCUCACAAGGUUUUGCGGUACUUUCCUUUAAAACCAAGGCUACAAAGGUUAUUUAUAUCAAGGAAGACAGCUACUGAUAUGAGGUGGCACAAAGAUAAACGCGUAGAGGAGAAAAAUGUAAUACGCCAUCCGGCGGACUCUGAAGCAUGGAAAGACUUUGACAAAAAGCAUGAGUCAUUCGCCAAAGAUCCUCGAAAUGUUAGGCUCGGAUUAGCAAGUGACGGCUUCAAUCCAUUUGGGAAUAUGAGUACCUCAUAUAGCAUAUGGCCAGUUUUUAUUGUCCCGUACAAUUUGCCACCCUGGAAAUGCAUGAAAGAUCCAUUUUUUAUGAUGCCUUUACUUAUUCCUGGGCGUAGAGCUCCUGGAUUUGACGUUGAUGUGUUUUUACGACCGCUAAUAGAUGAGCUAAAUGAGUUAUGGGAGGUAGGGGUAGAGACCUACGAUGCAUCAAGUGACUCUAAUUUUCAAUUGCGCGCGGCAUUAUUAUGGACUAUCAAUGACUUUCCUGCGUAUGGUAAUUUAUCCGGUUGGAGCACCAAAGGCAAAUUGGCUUGUCCGUCAUGCAAUGAGAAUGCAUCUCACCAAUACUUUCAUCGUUGUAGAAAAACUUGUUACAUGGGACAUCAUCAUUUUUUGCCUCAUGAUCAUUUUUUGAGAACAAGCAAGUCAUUCAAUGGUGAGCCAGAGCUUAGGUUAGAACCUAAGUUGUUGUCAGGAGAGGAGGUCUUGGGUCAAUUGGGGCAUAUAGACCCAUCAUUAUUUGGGAAAAUAGAUCAACAUGGGAAGAAGCAAAAACGUUCUCCUCAAUAUUUAAAUUGGACAAGGAGGAGCAUUUUCUUUGAUUUACCUUAUUGGAAAACCCUCAAAGUUCGUCACAACCUUGAUGUUAUGCACAUUGAAAAAAAUGUAUGUGAUAGUGUUCUAGGAACAUUAAUGAACAUUGAUGGAAAAACCAAGGACACAUACAAGGCUCGUCUUGAUCUAAUGGAUAUGGGUAUAAGGCAUGAAUUACAUCCAAGGGAAGUACAUGGCCAAACAUUCCUACCUCCUGCUUGCUUCAUGUUGUCUCCAACUGAAAAGAGGAACUUUUGUGAAUUCUUGAGUUCAAUUAAAUUGCCAGAUGGCUAUGCAUCAAACAUAUCACAUUGUGUGAACACUAGUGACUGUCGAAUUACGGGGUUGAAAAGCCAUGAUUGCCAUGUUAUCUUGCAAAGAUUGCUUCCUAUUGCUCUACUUUUCACAACCAUUUGUGUCGAAUAA